CUGGGGGACAGGAGUUCGGAGCCAAAACUGCUGCUGUCAGGUGGGCCGGGUCGGGUGUUGAUGUGGCCAGUUGUCCUCAGGAUCAAGGAUGGACACUAAGGAAACUGUCGACCAGAAAGCCAGAGGCAACUAGGUGUCCAGGGCCUGGCAGGUGCGGCCUGGAGUGCCCAGUUGCUCCCAGAUCCACCCAGGGGACACCAGGGGGUGACAGGGCUGGGGACUGGCUCCCGGCGCAGGGCUGCGACAGAAGAAUGCAAGGUCUCCGCUGGCGUUACACGAGGCUGCCCAGCCAGAUGGAGGACACCAUGUCUGGGGAGGAGGGGGAGGAGGAGGAAGAGGAGGAGGAGACAGCCCCAGCCCCAGCUCCUGCCCCUGCCCCUGAAGACCCCGUGGAGCCCCAGCUGACAGAAGCCAGCCAGGUUCUCGGUGCCUCGGAGAUCAGGCAGCUUAGCCUCCACCUUCCCGCACGAGUCACCGGCCACCCCUGGAGUCUCGUUUUCUGUACGUCGAGGGACGGCUUUAGUCUGCGGAGCCUGUACCGGCAGAUGGAAGGCCACAGUGGGCCAGUGCUCCUGCUCCUGAGGGACCAGGAUGGGCAGAUGUUUGGCGCCUUCUCCUCCUCAGCCCUUCGACUCAGCAAGGGCUUCUACGGCACAGGCGAGACAUUCCUCUUCUCCUUCUCCCCACAGCUGAAGGUCUUUAAGUGGACAGGAAGCAACUCUUUCUUUGUGAAAGGAGACUUGGAUUCCCUGAUGAUGGGCAGUGGCAGCGGCCAGUUUGGGCUAUGGUUAGAUGGAGACCUGUAUCACGGGGGAAGCCACCCCUGUGCGACCUUCAACAAUGAGGUGCUGGCCCGGCGCGAGCAGUUCUGCAUCAAGGAGCUGGAGGCCUGGGUUCUGAGCUGAUGCCCUGUGCCAGCAGCUUCCUGGGCCACAGGGACUCAGACCUGCUCAUGGAUGCUGUCCAGGUCUUCCUCACAUGGGGCAGCCCCUUCUGAAACUAGGAUGACAUACUCAUGUUGACUCUGCUGUUGGACAGCCUCCUUGUGGCUUGAGGACAGACAGGUAUGGGGGCAGACACUGUUCUGCGUAAGUGAUCUGAAUAUGUGAAAGACACACCUUACCCAAGAAGCAAAGAGUACCUCAUGAAAAUUACUGUUAUAGGAAUUCAACAGUGAAUACAUGUUUACUGUAGAAAACCCAGAAGACACAGAAAAAAUUUUAAAUUGCCAGGUGUGGUGGGACACAGCUACUUGAGAGGCUGAGGCAGGAGGUAAUCAAGUUCAAGGCCAGCCUAAGUAACUUAGCAAGAGCCCAUCUCAAAAUAAAAUAAAUUAUAUAUGUGUAAUAAGAAUUGUAGGGGCUGGGGCUCAGUGGUAGCGCUAUUGCCUUGCAUGUGUGAGGUACUGGGUUAGAUCCUCAGCACCGCAUACAAAUAAAAAAAAGUCUAUCAACAACUAAAAAAAAAAAAAAAAUAUAUAUAUAUAUAUAAAGAAUUGUAAUUAGAAAAAAACAAAGUACAUGUAUAAAGACAUGAAUUGGCAUGAACAUACUUUAUAUAUAAAGAUAUGAAAAAAACUGUGCUGUAUAUGUGUAAUAAGAAUUGUAAUGCAUUCUGCUGUCGUGUAUUAAAAAUAAAAUCAAUUAAAAAAAAAAA